AUUCUGGCCACGGAAUCGUACGGUUGUGUUUUUCUGUUGUUGAUUGUUUAUUUUUUUUUACAUUUUUAACAAAAUUCGUUUUUUCUUGUGUUUAUUUUCCGUUUGUUUGUUUACAUAUUUUGUAAAAAAAAAAAGAGAAAAAAAAAACAGUUGUUUGUGUUUAAAAAGAAAAUUUACCGCAGCUAUACCGUCACACCUUGUACUUCCUAUUCAUAUUUGUACUGUAAAAUUGCUAUUAUUGCUACUACCGGCUACUGUUGCUGUUAAAUUAUUGCUGCUCUAAUCACAAUUCAAUAUUAUUGAAUUUUUCUUAGAUAUUUAUAAUUUGUGAUUUGUUUAUACUUAAAUUUUAAAUUAUAUUAAGAUGUGUGGUAUUUUUGCUUAUUUAAAUUAUUUAACACCAAAAACACGCCGUGAAGUUUUAGAUUUAUUAGUAAAUGGUUUAAAACGUUUAGAAUACCGUGGCUAUGAUUCAACUGGUGUUGCAAUUGAUUCAACUGAUGGCAAAGAUAUUGUAUUAAUAAAAAGUUCAGGCAAAGUUAAAAUACUUGAAGAUGCUAUAUCAGAAAAAUUUGCAAUCGAUAAUAAAAUUGAUGAGCCAACAUUAAUUCAUUGUGGUAUAUCACAUACACGUUGGGCAACACAUGGUGUACCAUCUGAAAUUAAUUCUCAUCCACAACGUUCUGGUUCUGAUAAUGCAUUUGUUGUUGUACAUAAUGGUAUUAUUACAAAUUAUAAAGAUGUUAAAACAUUUUUGGAAAAUCAUGGAUAUAGUUUUGAAUCAGAUACAGAUACAGAAGUUAUUGCUAAAUUAGUACAUCAUAUAUGGAAAGCUCAUCCAAAAUAUUCAUUUAGAGAAUUAGUUGAACAAGUUAUACAACAAUUAGAAGGUGCAUUUGCUUUAGCAUUUAAAUCAAAACAUUUUCCAGGUGAAUGUGUCGCUUCAAGACGUGGUUCACCAUUAUUAGUUGGAAUUAAAACAAAAACUCGUUUAGCAACAGAUCAUAUUCCAAUUUUAUAUGGCAAAGAUGAUUGUCAACAGAAACAAGAAGCGGCUGAUCCAACUAGCUCAGAACAUCGUCCACAUGGUACUAAUGGUCGAGAUAUGCCAGUUAUACCAAGAAGUGAAAGUACAUCUGAAUUUAUGCCAGUAGAUGAUAAAGAAGUUGAAUAUUUUUUUGCAUCAGAUGCAUCAGCAGUUAUUGAGCAUACAAAUCGUGUUAUUUAUUUAGAAGAUGAUGAUGUUGCUGCCGUUAAUAAGGAUGGUGCAUUAAGUAUACAUCGUUUAAGAAAAUGUACUGAUGAUCCACAUGCACGUGAAAUAACAACAUUAAAAAUGGAAAUUCAACAAAUAAUGAAAGGAAAUUAUGAUUAUUUUAUGCAAAAAGAAAUAUUUGAACAACCUGAAUCAGUUAUAAAUACAAUGAGAGGACGUUUAAAUUUUGAAAAUGGUACAGUUACAUUAGGUGGUAUUAAAGAUUAUAUACCAGAAAUAAAACGUUGUCGUCGUUUAAUGUUAAUUGGUUGUGGUACAUCAUAUCAUAGUGCUGUUGCAACAAGACAAUUAUUAGAAGAAUUAACUGAAUUACCAGUUAUGGUUGAAUUAGCAUCCGAUUUCUUAGAUCGUAAUACACCAAUAUUCCGUGAUGAUGUAUGCUUUUUUAUAUCACAAUCUGGUGAAACAGCUGAUACUUUAAUGGCAUUACGUUAUUGUAAACAACGUGGUGCAUUAAUUGUUGGUAUUACAAAUACUGUUGGUAGCUCAAUAUGUCGUGAAUCACAUUGUGGUGUACAUAUAAAUGCUGGUCCAGAAAUUGGUGUUGCAUCAACAAAAGCCUAUACAUCACAAUUUAUAUCAUUAGUUAUGUUUGGAUUAGUUAUGAGCGAAGAUCGUAUAUCAUUACAACAGAGACGUCAAGAAAUUAUAAAUGGCUUAAAGAAUUUAGAUAAACAAAUACGUAAAGUUUUAGAACUAGAUAAUAAAGUUUUAGAAUUAGCAAAUGAUUUAUAUCAGCAUAAAUCAUUAUUAAUAAUGGGACGUGGAUAUAAUUUUGCAACAUGCUUAGAAGGAGCUUUGAAAGUUAAAGAACUUACAUAUAUGCAUUCCGAAGGUAUUAUGGCUGGGGAAUUAAAACAUGGUCCACUUGCUUUAGUAGAUCAUUCGAUGCCAGUUUUAAUGAUUAUUUUAAGAGAUCCCGUUUAUGCAAAAUGUAUGAAUGCUUUACAACAAGUAACUGCACGUGAAGGUCGACCAAUUAUUAUAUGCGAAGAAGGUGAUGAAGAUACAAAAUCAUAUUCAUCACGUGCACUUGAAAUACCAAAAACUGUAGAUUGUUUACAAGGUGUUCUCACAGUAAUUCCUAUGCAAUUAUUGUCCUAUCAUAUUGCUGUUUUACGUGGUUGCGAUGUUGAUUGUCCCAGAAAUUUGGCUAAAUCAGUUACAGUUGAAUAAAUUUAAUUAAAAUUUUUAAUUUUAUUAUGUUUAACUUUUUAUAUUUCAAUUUUUAUCAAAUUAUAUUUAAGCACAUCAUAUUAUUUUUGUCAUUUUAAUUAUUUGAUUAUCUAUCCUCUAGAAAUUUCUACAAAUUUAUUAUAAAAUUUUAUUUUAAAGCUCUUAAACAUGCUUUAUAUAUAUAUAUAUAAAUUAUAAUAUUUUCUUCUUAUUUUAUUAACUUGCAAUACUUUUUUAAUUUUUUUGUUUUUUGCUUAAAAUAAUUAUAAAAUUUUUAAAAUGUGAAA